UAUUCACAAAGAUGGUUACUUUAGUUUGUAUUGCAUAACUUUUGAACAGUACAAGCAAUGUAUCUGGUUUGGCAUUGCAUUUUAUCAAGUGAAACAACCCAAGAAGGAGAAUAAAUGAAAUGAUGGAAAGAAAAAAUAAAAAAGAGGUUCUGGGUUGCUUAUUGAUGUUAAACCUAGAGCCUUGGGUUCUGAUAGCGCGUAGUUCGCGGUUUCUCUUGGUAUUUUCGACUUUUCGAGAAUAAGGUUCUGGGUUUUACAUUCUUAUAUUGUUUUGUUUUGAUUUUCAAAUGAUGAAAUAGUGUUGAUGCUCAUGAGGGCUUUAAUGGGCAUGAUUGAAUUGGGAAUGCAAUGAGGAUGUUGUCAUUUAAGAUGGAUUUAGUUUGGGUUUUUCCCUUGGUGUUUCUAUAUCUUGGGGUGCUCUCGUUUGGGUCUGGUAAGAAUGUUUCUUCAAGACCAGCUGUUGUCAACAUUGGGGCUCUUUUCACCAUUGACUCUACGAUUGGUAAAGUUGCCAAGGUUGCUAUUGAGGAAGCAGUAAAAGAUGUUAACUCCAAUUUCAGCAUUCUCCAUGGGACCAAACUCGUUGUGAAAAUGCAGAAUACCAAUUGCAGUGGGUUUCUUGGAAUGGUUGAAGCUUUGCAAUUCAUGGAGACUGAUAUUGUCGCCAUUAUAGGGCCUCAAUCUUCUGUAGUUGCCCAUAUUGUAUCCCAUGUUGCCAGUGAACUCCGAGUACCUCUAUUGUCAUUUGCAGCCACAGACCCAACUCUGUCACCCCUUCAGUUCCCAUAUUUUGUUAGGACAACACAGAGUGAUUUGUAUCAAAUGACUGCAGUUGCUGAAAUUGUUGAUCAUUAUGGUUGGAGAGAGGUUAUUGCCAUUUUUGUAGAUGAUGAUUAUGGCCGUAAUGGCAUAUCAGCUUUAGAUGAUAAGCUCGCUGAGAGGCGCUGCAAGAUUGCCUACAAGUUGGCAAUUCCACCAGGACCGGCAACUAAUCGGAGUGACAUCAUGGAUCUGCUUAUUAAGGUUGCCUUGUUGGAAUCUCGGGUUAUAAUUCUCCAUGUAAAUCCUGAUUCAGGUUUCUUGGUUCUUUCUGUGGCACAGUAUCUUAAAAUGACAGAUGAUGGUUUUGUAUGGAUAGCUACAGACUGGCUUUCAUCUGUUUUAGAUUCUUCUUUUCCUCUUGCUUCUGAAACCAUGGAAACACUGCAAGGAAUUCUUGUUUUGCGGUUACAUACGCCAGAUUCAGAUAGGAAGAGGGGCUUCUUUUCUAAGUGGAACAAGCUAACUGGUGGUUCUUUGGGAUUGCAUACUUAUGGGCUUUAUGCUUAUGAUUCUGUUUGGCUGGUUGCUCAUGCUAUUGAUGCUUUCUUCAACCGGGGUGGGGUUAUUUCAUUCUCUAAUGAUUCUAGGAUACAAGCUGUAGAACAAGGUGGUAGUCUUCACCUUGACGCAAUGAGCAUUUUUGAUGAUGGACCACUCCUGUUAGAGAACAUAUUGCAAAGUGACCUUGUUGGUUUGACAGGUCCCAUUAAGUUUGAUUUUGAAAGGGCUCUUGCUCGUCCAGCAUAUGAUAUUAUUAAUGUGGUUGGAACUGGGUUUCGACGAAUUGGUUACUGGUCGAAUUAUUCUGGAUUAUCAACUGUACCUCCUGAGACUCUCUAUUCAAAGCCACCUAAUCGUUCAACUGAAAAUCAACAGUUAUAUAGUGUUAUCUGGCCAGGGGAGACAUUAACGAAACCCCGCGGUUGGGUUUUCCCAAACAACGGGAAACAAUUGAAAAUUGGUGUGCCUAUUCGGGUCAGUUACAAGGAAUUUGUUACAUCAGUUCCAGGAACUGAUACUUUCAAAGGUUUCUGCGUAGAUGUAUUCAACGCUGCUGUAAACUUGUUGCCAUAUGCUGUCCCAUACAAGUUUAUCCCGUUUGGAGAUGGUCUGAAAAACCCAAGCUACACAGAGCUUGUGACUUUUAUCACAACUGGGGUAUUUGAUGCUGCAAUUGGUGACAUUGCCAUUGUUACAAAUAGAACAAAGAUUGUGGAUUUUACACAGCCAUAUGCUGCAUCUGGACUUGUUGUAGUGGCCCCGUUUAAAAAACUGAACUCUGGUGCUUGGGCCUUCCUUCGACCAUUUACCGCAAACAUGUGGAUAGUCACUGCUGCUUCCUUUCUUGUUAUUGGUAUAGUUGUAUGGAUUUUGGAGCAUAGGAUAAAUGAUGAAUUCAGGGGUCCACCGAAGAAGCAGCUUAUAACCAUCUUGUGGUUUAGCCUUUCCACUCUAUUCUUUGCCCAUAGAGAGAACACUGUGAGCACCCUUGGUCGAGUAGUGCUACUUAUAUGGCUGUUUGUGGUUUUGAUAAUUAACUCUAGUUACACUGCUAGUUUGACGUCAAUCCUCACAGUACAACAGCUAUCAUCUCCUAUCAAAGGAAUUGAAAGUUUGAAAAACAGUGGCGAGCCAAUUGGGUAUCAGGUGGGUUCAUUUGCUGAGCAUUAUUUGAGUGAGGAGCUCAGCAUAUCCAAGUCCAGGCUCAUUCCCCUUGGCUCUCCUCUAGCCUAUGCUGAGGCACUUCAGCUUGGCCCUAAAAAGGGAGGUGUUGCUGCUGUGGUUGACGAACGUGCUUAUGUUGAACUAUUCCUCUCAACACAGUGCAAAUUUCGGGUUGUUGGUCAAGAGUUCACCAAAAGCGGCUGGGGUUUUGCAUUUCCACGAGACUCUCCUUUAGCUGUUGACAUGUCAACUGCGAUUCUACAAUUAUCAGAGAAUGGUGAUCUGCAAAGGAUCCAUGAUAAGUGGUUGAUGAAAACCACUUGCAGUUUUGAGAGCACUGAAUUGGAAUCAGACCAGCUUCAUCUCAGAAGCUUCUGGGGCCUCUUUCUUAUAUGUGGAAUCGCUUGCUUCAUUGCUCUCCUCGUAUAUUUUUUCCAAAUUGUGAACAAGUUACGUCGUGAUGGACCCCCGGAGAGUGUUUCAACUAGUCCUGGUGGCUCACAAUCUGGACAUCUUCGGCGAUUUUUAUCAUUAAUUGACAAGAAGGCUGACCAGUCCAACAGUGGAAGCAAAAAAAGAAUAGUUAUUAGAUCACUGUCAGACAAUGAUAAGGAUGGGAAGCUGGGUUGGACUCCCAACAAGAAUCAAGCAGAAGUGACUGAUAUGGGCGACAUCAAGUCCAGCAGUUAACUGAUUGGUAGAUCAUCACAAUUGUAUCAUUAUAGGUAAGUUAUUAUCUAACCUUACCUAAUUAUGCAGUAGUAGAUUUUAGUGUACUUUGAAUCAUCAAUUCUAGGAACUUGGGCUAGAAACAUAUUAGUUCAUGGAAUUUAUAAAAUAUAGUUGCCAAUUGAAGCAUAAAAUAAAUAGAGACUAUUGACCGUCGUUACUAAAUAUUUUACAUUCAGAGAAAAAAUUCAAGUUGGUAUUUGGUUGUAUUUCAUAUCUUGUACAGGCUUUUUGAGUCCAGUUUCACUGCUUGCUGCUAUUAAGUUGAACAUACUGAUGUAGAGCCAAAAGGAAAAGGAAAAACAAAAGUUCAGUUUCUUAUUUUUAUUU